ACAACUAAUUUGACCAAUAAGGCAAGGAGGUUUUAGUCAACCGACGCAGAUGAACGAGAGAGUCAUUCCACAGUCUUCAAUGGGGCGAAUCGUUCAUCGCAUUCCUCAUGCCUUUACAUAAUUGUAUAGCUAAAGAAGACACCGAAUGGCAUGCUAGUUGCGCAGAUAGCCUAGGCUACAUCAUAAAACUUUUCCUGGAACGGAGUUUGCCUUUCUGAACGUUAAAACGACGACGGAACUGUUCUUUCUACUUCAUCUUGUCUGUGCGGCAAAGCAAUGGAACGCAGAAGUUGAAUAAUUCAGUAUUGUGAAGCCUCUACUGCUGUGAAGAUAAGUGGAGAGUGCCUGUGAACUUGUAUUGUAACAGUGUAUCAAAUUUUGGGGAAAAAAUCUAAUGAACAAAUUGCAGGCCAUGUGCGGUUUUCACACGGUAUCACUGCAUUGCACAUUAUUUGGUGAACCUCGUUCAUUCCCCACUGGCGCGUACUGAAUGGGAGGGAAUGGAUUUGGAUGACUUCUUUUUGACAUAUUUGAUGAAUAUACUGAUAACCGAAUCCAUAUGUUGAAGUCUUUCGUUUAUUCGGAUCAGUCUACUUCGAAAUGGCAAGUUUUGCCGGGUUUAUAAAGUGGACUGGAAGAUCAACUUUGUAUUUAUGCUGUGCGUUUGCCCUGUUCGGUUGUCUUUGUAUCGCGUCCCCUACUCAUGGUCGUCGGCUCAUCUGUUGGCAAGCCAUUAUGAAGUGUCAUGGAGAGCCGGAUUGUCACUACGCAUAUGACCAAUACCUUUACGCCUGUGCGCCUGUUAUCAACGGGGAUAGGAAGAAGUGUCCCAGCCACUGCAUCUCGUCCCUUAUCCAGCUGAAUCUAACUGAGACCGGCCCGUCUCUAGAGGACUGUGACUGCGCCUCGGACCCCGUCUGCCGGAGCACCAAACGCGCCAUAGAGCCGUGCCUGCCUCGGACAAGCAACAUGGGCUGCACCGAAGCCCGGCGGCAGUGCGAGAGCGAUUACCAAUGUAGCUCGGCAAUGCGUGACUAUUUGUUUCACUGCCGUAAACUUUUCGGAGGCGAGAGAUGUUCAGACGAUUGCAGGAGGGUGAUAGCCAACAUGCGCAAUAUGCCCAAAGCACAACAACUUGAUACUUGUGUUUGUGAUGGCACGGAGAGGACGAUAUGCGAGUACGUCAAAGUUAGUAUGAAAAACUUUUGCUUUGACUCUAUGGACAGAUACGCAGGCAGCGGGUUUUCUGAUUCGGACUCUGAAGAUGAUUAUGAUGAUAUGGAGGAUUAUGUCUAUGUGGAAAACGCUAGUGAUUCAGCUAAAUCCGCCUGUCGGGGUGUAUGGACUUCUACUGUGGCCACCAUUUUGGUUCUAAUGCGUCUUAUCUGAUAGGGCAGUCUACCCAAGUUGAUUCAGCUGUUGGGGAAGUUGUUAGAGAAAUAGAGAGGCCUGUGAAAAGUUGACACAGAGAGACAGAAUAGCUCAUGAAAGUGUUGUAACACCAGCACACCUGCUUUAGCGUAUAAUUUGUGUGUUUGGAAGAUGUUAUGGCCUUUGCUCUGCUGUCUUCAUAAUGGGGCUUCUCAACAUUCUAUCUGGUCUCAGUCUCUGUGCUGAUUAGGCUAUGGGUCAUCUUGCUCACAAAUGUUUAUAUUUAAAAUGUAUACAUUUUAUGUGAAUCUCAAAAGUUUAUAGAUUCAUUUCCAGAUAGCUGUGCAACCUCUAAAAUAUGUAAUUGUUUUAACCAACCCUUAAAGAAUGUUCUAGGCCUACCAUAAGCUUCUCCUUACCUUGUGUCUCACAAAAUAGCCCAAAAAGUUUGACACACAAUUGUCUUUAAUGUGGACAGCCAGGUGACUUGUAAGUGUACAUAUGUAUAAUGCUGUUUCAAGACAAUAGUGAAAACAUCAGUAUAAAACAUGUUCUUGGUCACUUGGCGAAAAUGGGGACAGACUAAUCAAGUUUUCUUUCACUGUGAGCUAGACAAUAGACAUAGGCCUACAUUUCAUUAAGAUGCCAUUUAAGCUCUAGUCAGUUGGUAAUCAUCAAAGUGACAGAUGUAAAACACAUUUACCUAACCACAGUUUGAUUUGUUAUUCAAUAUUAUUAGCCUUAAUCAUGUCCCAGACAUUUCCAUAAGCUCAGUAUCAAUAUCAAGUUUAAAAACAAGUUAAGGGAGAUUAUUUUUAUAUGUCAAAAUGUGUGAAGUUAAAUUGUACAGUAUAUUGUAUGAUAUGGAUUUUUUUUCCCAGAGUUAUUUGUUUAUUACUGCUAAGAGGAUUUUUGCACUGUAUAGAAAUGUCAUGAAAUGCUUCACUGUCUACAUUGUAUUUUAGUGAAAAUAUAAAUGUUCUUGCUUAAAAUUC